CAGCCAAAGCGGCAAUGGAUGACACAACACGACAGCGCAUCCAAGCCAAGGCAGCAGAGGCCAAGCGGCGCAAGGAAGCGCGCCAACAACAACAACAACAGCAGCAACAACAACAGCAGCAACAACAGCAACAACAACAACAGCAACAGCAUACAGCAAGUGCAAUCACGGCUGCCACUCCUGCCAUUACAUCUCUCUAUGGCUCAGAACCAGAAGGUGCCAGCGCACCAAAGCCCAAGUCCGUGGGCUACUUUCGCGAUACCCAUGCCGGGUUCUUGAUAGAGGACGAGCCACACACAUCUGGGGCGGGUGAACAGCAGCCAACCAAAAAGUCCAAGCGAGUUGUCGCGGAGCCAGGUCCGGAAUAUCUGCCUGCGUAUCCAAAUGCUCCACUGUGUAAAGAGUGUGGCGAAGAGUUUACAACCUCAUUUCUGCAGAAGAACUUUGGCGUUCAAGUCUGUAAUGUGUGCAGAGAAAAGCACAGGCAUGGAAAGUACGGGCUGGUGACGAAAACAACGGCCAAACAGGACUACCUGCUACGGGAGAGCGAGCUGACUGUGAUUGACGGUGGCCUCCGCUGCGUGGAGCGUGAGAACCCAAACAGCAAAUCCUACAGCAAGAUGAAGCUCUACUUACGAAGCCAGGUGGAGGAGAUUGCAUUCAAGCGGUACGGGAGCCUGCAAGGGCUGGAGGACGAGCACGAGCGGCGGGAGGAGGACCAGCGCUUGAAGAAGCAAAAGCGCCACGAACGACGCAUGACGAAGAUGCGGAACCAAACCAUGGCCACAGAGUGGCUCAAGUCCCAGAAGCCACACGAGCACCGCUUUCCCAAGGACGAAGAAGUGUACGAUGAGGAGAACGACGAGUACAUCAAGACAUGUUCGGAAUGUGGCUUCACUGUUCGUUUCGAAAAGCUCUGAUAACCAAUCGCCAUCACACACACGCACACGCGCGCACACACUCCCUCGACAGUUCGUUUGUGUGCAUGUGUGCGCUUGUUAUUGUUGCUGUUCGUUGCAUCAUCACUUUAGAGGUUUGUGUGUACAUUGUAGACUCAGAGCAAAGUGUGAGACUGCACAUUAAACUGCGCAACGUCCAUUCUCCCAGUGUGCAACAGAAACCCAAAACCCAACAGCCUUGUUUGUACACGUCGUGCAAAUAUUAAAGUUGUACAGAAGCGUG